AUGACGAUAACUUUUGUACCCGGUGAGGUUAAUAAAGGUUUAUGGACAGCAGUGCAGUCCAAUUGGAAGAACCACCAUCUAGUGGUUUAUGGGUCGGGAAACAAUUUGAUUAUUGUGUCUAUAACGGUACAAUCCACCAACAAAAACCCCAAUCCAUAUAAUGUCGAUGAGAGCUUGCAAACUUUCUACUUGGAGAAGGAUCCGGAAGCAAUUGAUGUCAAUUCGAACGAUGGUUUGAUAGCCGUGGGGUACGAUCAAAAAUGCUUGAUUUUCAAACCAGUCAAUGAGUAUAUGAAAAAACCGCGGUUUGUCCAAGAUGUUUAUUUUGAAAUCGACAAACUGGCAAAGAUUAAUUGUCUUGAGUGGGCAAGCGAUGAAAGUGAGUUGAUUAUAGGCACAUCCGAAAGGCUUUUACUCUACCAUAUCUAUGAUAAAUUUGGCAAAUUGAAAGUGAGGAAAAGAUGGGAUUCUCAGCAACCGGUUUCGAUUAAUCACAUAUGCAUCACACCUAAUGCAAAACUAAUGUUGGCAACUAGCGGUCACUAUGACCGACUAGUUAAGGUGUGGUCAAGGAUAAAUUACGGAGAUGAAAAUACCCUAUUUGAAGUGUUUUAUCUACCGCAUGCAAAGGGUUCCUAUGUCAAGCAAUUCCAUUGGAGGAAAAAACUAAACAAGACCGAUUCCAAUGAAAAGAUUAUAGACUCUUCUAUGGCAAACAUCAAGAAUAUAAGAGAAUAUAUCAAUACCGGGAAUGAGAAAAGCGAAGUGAUAUAUACAUUCACUUCGAAUCUGGAAUUCAAAGUGUGGGCUUCAUAUGAGUCUAGUGGGCAUAACCAGAUUUGUAACUGGGCAAAUUUGAACUUGGAUAAAUGCUUUGGCGAAGACGAUGAGGUUGGAUCGGUUUUGGUUAUUGAACAUGAUUACCUAAAGAAUGCGCUCAUUCCAGAGCUAGAGAAGAAGAAGAAGAAGAAGAAGCAGCAACAGCAGCAACAGCAACAACAGCAACAACAGAAACCUCAACAACCCCAACAACCAUGCUUGUUUGAUGGGGUUAAUUUAAAAGACUUUGAUUUACUAUUAGUCAUCUCGAAAUCAGGACUUGUCAAGUUAUUCGCACUAUCUAACAUAUCAGAGACUCCUCCAAAUAACAUCAAAUUCAUACCCAUAAAUCCCAACUUUGCUUGCAGAUUUGGAACACACGAGUAUCCUGAAAUCUCUACAAUUGAUGAAAAACAAGACUUGACAGUUGAAUAUAUUCAGUCUCUGGAUUUUUGCACAAACUACCUAAAACCAAUAGUGAUUAAAAGUUUGUGUAAAUUAAGCAAUGAUGGGAGAGUGACGCCUCUUUCUUUUCUAAUACACGAUAGGGUGAAAAAUACCCUCCGAUUCGAAGCUUUAGAUUUGAAAAAACUAGUCGCCUCACUUUCCUUUUCCUCCCCCCCUUCAAAGUCAUCCUUGGGAGUUACUCUAAUCCACAAGUUCCAGGGUCAAGUUAAGUCAAUACGAAAACUCAUCAAAUCAAACUCCUUAUAUACAUCAAGAAACGUGAUGUUAUCAGUCUCCAAUUUCCCUCAACAUAAUCACAUUUGGGAACCAUUAGUCUUGGAGGAAAACAAACUAAAUGUAAUGUCAAUAACAAAGAAGUUUCAGCUCGAUUUGGGGGAGAAUAUUUCUAACAAUACACUAAGCACCAGCAAUGGUAUAUUAGAUGCUACAAUUAUAAAUGAUGUUGAGCCCCCAAUUGGUUCCAAACGAAGACACCUUGUAGUGGUUUUGGAAAAAAACAACAGUGUAAGUUUAUGGGAUUGCAAUGGAUUCACUAAGGAUGGCAGAUUGGCUAAAAGAAUCUGCAAUAAGUUUUCAACACGGUUGAAAAAAUCAAGAGCUUUUGCCAUGACUGAAUAUCCCAAUAAUACAAAUUCUUUAAAACAAUAUCUUGUUGUAUCUGUUUCUGAAAAGGAUUCAAUAGAAGCCUGGAAAUUGAGCUUAUCGUAUGAAAAAGAAAAAGACAAAAUUCAAAAGAUUGAAUUUGAACAACAGGAAAUUGGAAAUUUACCUCAGGAAGAGCACAUUUUACAAGUGACUAAGGUAGAUGCGUUUAUUACCCAGUCAAACAAGAGCCUAAUUGCAGUGAUUGAUAAAGAGGGGUUGCUAAAGAGCUAUAGCUUGGAUUUUAGUGACCCACAUAAAAUCAACUGGAUAGCUACAUGCAGUGUAGUCACAAAUGUUAAAAAUGCUAAUAGAAUAAAUGGAUCUACUGUGAUCAACAAGUUUGCAGUGGUUAACGAACAAGGUUACCAUUUAUCCAUUUGGGAUACUACACAAAACGUAUUGGAAUACGAGGAGACUUUUGACAAGGAAAAAGGCCCUGUGAUUGAUUUAGACUGGACAUUUAUAAAUGCAAUAAAAAAUGAAAAACUGACUACAAAUGCAAUUUUAUCUAUUGGGUUUGAUCGAUUUGUUUUGCUUUACACUCAAUUGAGAUACGAUUACACUAAUCGUAUUCCAACGUAUGCAGCUAUCAAAAAGAUUGAUAUUUCUGAGUAUACUUCACAUGAAAUUGGAGACCUGAUUUGGCUAGAUGAUGGUUAUUUGGUCAUUGGUUGUGGGAACCAGUUUUUCAUUGAUGAUAGAUGGGUUAAACUUGGUUCUAGUGGUAUUGAUACCAUAAUUCGUCAAUUGAUGAGUGGGUAUAAUACUUCUCCCAUCAAUGAUGAAGAAGAAAACGGCGAAGUUGUUGAUGAUACUAAUUUGGUGUAUGAUAUAUCACACUUGGUACGAGUCUUGAACGGACCGCUCCCCGUUUACCAUCCUCAAUUUUUAAUCCAGGCAUUGUUCAUGAGUCAAAUGAUACCAGUGCAAAAUAUUCUAGUUAAAUUAUUCCAAAGUCUAAGACAAGGCGAUGUCAUCACCUGGGAUUUAGGUAUUAAUUUUGAACAAGAAAUACAUCAAAGCCUUGAACUAUCACUUACUGGUGAUGGCAGAAGAAGUAAGAUCAAACCUUUACAACGAAGAAUGUCACAAAACUUUAAUUUGGAUGUGUUCACCAAAUUUACUGAUGAGUUGGCUCAAUUACUUCUGCAUAAGUUAAUGACGCUAUCGUUGCCUUUGUUAACACGGCAUCAGCAGAGCACGUUGAUUUCGGUUAUUGCAAUAGUGAACGAUUUGAAUAAAUGUGCAGCAACAUAUGAUGAUAAUGGUAUGCGGUUCAUGAUUGGAUUUAAAUUAUUCCAGUUAUCAUCAAAGCAAAAAAGAUUAUCAAUGCGUGAUAUUAAUUGGGCUUUACAUUCGGAUAGUAAGGAAGUGCUCCUAUCCUCUGUUGAAGAGUAUUACAAGAAUCAUUUAACUUGGAGCGAUAUGAGGAAAACAGGUUUGGUUUAUUGGGUGAAAACUAAUAGAUUAAUCCAAUUGGUUGAAUCAGUAGUUAGGAAUGAGUUUAGUGAUUCGAGAAAUCCCGCAGGUAUAGUAUCGUUGUUUUACUUGGCGCUACGUAAGAAACAAAUUCUUAUCGGAUUAUGGAGGAUUGUUACUCACGAAGAGAAAACUAAGAUGUUAAAGUUUCUAAGCAAUGAUUUUACAGAUGCGCGAUGGAAAUCAGCUGCUUUGAAAAAUGCAUUUGUAUUGUUGGGAAAACAUCGGUAUUACGAUGCUGCGUAUUUUUUCUUGUUGGGAGAUAAACCAUUUGAUUGUUGUAGCACCGUUGCCAAUAAGAUUGGCGAUGUGCCAUUGGCUAUUGCUAUUGCCAAGGUGUAUUGCGGUACUGGUACUAUGAGAAAGGAGUUUGAUGAAUGUUUGGAGCAAGUGAUUGAGAAAUACGUGCUACCUGGUGCUAUUGAGAAUGGAGAUAGGUGGACUACAAGCUGGGUAUUUUGGCAAUUAAAGGACAAGCCAUUAUCGAUUCAAUCGUUGAUAAGGACGCCAGCAGAUAUGGUGACCACCGCCAAAUUCCCCAACCUCGAAAACGUUACAGUUUCAGCAAAAGGACAUAGUUUUUUGCGUGAUGAUCCUGUUUUGAUUAUAUUGUUUAAUAAUUUGAGGCUGCGAAAAGUCGAUUAUCUAAAGGGAUAUUUCAAAGUGUCACCAAAUGAGGAGUUUCAGUUUAUUGUUAAAGUUGCCAUGAUUUAUACAAGAAUGGGGUGUGAUUACCUUGCGAUGUUGUUGUUAAGAAGCUGGACUUUUUACUCGUACCAACCUGAGAGUAAGAAACUUGGUUCCGUUGAAACUGAGGAAACAGGAUUUGGAUCUAAGGAACAAAAUGGAUUCGGCCAUGGCCAAACAGAUGUAAAUGCAAAUGGUGGUAGUAGUGGUGACAAUAAUAAUAACAAUGGCACUGUAUCUACCAUUCUUGACACUUUCAAGGAAGAUAAUCUUGCAACCAAAUACAGAGCACCGCCACCAGUACAAGCGUUUGAAGAGCCAGACAUGAGUUCUUUCAGUUUUGGGUUCUAA